UGCGGCCUCACCGGCACACGGCACCGCAGCUCUCAAGCGAGAUCGAGGCAGUGCGCACGCCGUGCAGGCCUCUCCUCCACUCAACCGCGCGUCAUGGCCAUGUUGCGCGAGCAUCUCGACCUCAUCCGCGCUCACCUCCUCGACGACAACCACGACGCCGUUAGCUCCGAUGACUCGGCGCCAUCGCCAUCCCCAUCGCCGCCGGGGCGUAGGCCGCUGCCAGCGCUUUCCGUCUCGCUGCCCCCGAGGCCGGCAGUCGUCCUGCAGCAGCAGCACCUGAGGGCGGCGGCGGCGCCGUUGCAGAUUCCUCAGCAGGAGCAGCACUGCUGCCCGGAACCCGAGGAGGACGAUUUCCGGCGGUACCGCGGCGUGCGGCAGCGGCCGUGGGGCAAGUACGCGGCCGAGAUUCGGGACCCGGCGCGGAAGGGCGCGCGGGUGUGGCUGGGCACCUACGACACCGCCGUGGAGGCCGCUCGUGCCUACGACCGCGCCGCGUUCCGCCUGCGCGGGUCCAAGGCCAUCCUCAACUUCCCCAACGAGGUCGCGUUAAGCACCGCUGCAUGGUGGGCGACGCCUGCUCCUCCUCCUCAGCCCAGCGCGACCGUGGCCGGUAACAAGAGGGCGAGGUCGCCGCAGGAGCAGGACGCUAGGUGCAUGGUUAGGGAGGUGAAGAAGGAGCGGAUUCAGGAGCCCGCAAGCGGAGGGGCGGACUACUUCUGGGAGGAUGAGUCGCUGAAGGGGGCGAUCUGCAGCCUGCCGCCGCUCUCACCGUUGUCGCCGCACCCGCACCUGGCCGUGCCGCAGCUCUACGUCAGCUGACUGCCUGACUUGAUGUCGUAGCAAGACAGGGACGGUGGUCUUACUCUUACCUGAUGAUAGUCUUCUGAGUUCUUUGAUAUGCUAGAGGAGUAUAGCUCCAAAUAUUCUUUCGUUCUUUAUUUAUUCGUUCAGUCGCAAGCAAGCAAACGUGUCCUGGCGUAGCAUGACUGCAUGAGAAUACUAUAAUGGACAAUUUUUAAAUAUAAUAUAUAAUAAAUAAAAGAUAAUUUAUAUAGUAACAUGAUUGAAAUA